AUGAGGAGUCGAUCUUCAAAAUCAGAAACUAGGCAAGGAAUGGAAAUAGAUCAUAAGCUUAAUAGUAAGCUCAAAGAGGAACCUCAUCUCUCUGGUGCUUACAUCCGUAGCUUAGUGAAACAACUUACCUCCUCAAGAACCAAAGACCCCAUGAAUUCCAUAGACCCAGAAACUAGUGCUGUUGUUGCUGAAGGUUUACCUGGUGGCCAAAAUUUAACAUCAUUCGGUGAAGCUUGUUUCAGUGAUCAAUCCCAGCAACAAGCACAGCAAGAACCUCCACAACCUCAACAACACAAAAAACAAGUUAGGAGGAGACUCCACACCAGUAGACCAUACCAAGAGAGGCUUCUAAACAUGGCUGAGGCUAGGAGAGAGAUUGUUACUGCUCUUAAGAGAAAUCCUAGAAUAUACCCAUCAAGUACCCCCAAUUUUUCUAAUUAUCUAGACAGUCUUUCCUACUCAUCAUCUUUUUCUCAUUCUCCAGGAUCAUAUCCUUUCACUUGGUCCACUCCUUCUCCAUUUGCACCUCCACCUGUUGCUGAAAAUCUCAAUUUCACACUUCCAAACCAGCCCUUAGGCCUAAAUCUCAAUCUUCAUGAUUUUAACAACUUAGAAACCAGUCUUUAUCACAACCCUUCACUGUGCUCAUCCUCAUCAUCUCCAUCUCAAUCAUCAUCCUCAUCCCCAACUCUUUCUUUAGCUACUGAUCAGGAAGUACCCAAUUCAGUUGUGACUACUCCUGCACUAGCAGAUCAUGUUAUUGAGUCUUCCAGUGGCACAGCUGGUGGCAGUAGUGGAUCAGGAGACUUACAUGCAGCCAUGGAUGAUGAAGAGAUGGCGGAGAUUAGAUCGAUAGGCGAGCAGCAUCAGAUGGAAUGGAAUGACACAAUGAAUUUGGUCACAUCAGCAUGGUGGUUUAAGUUCUUGAAGACCAUGGAAAUUGAGGGUCCAGCUGAAGUUAAGGCUGAAGGAGCUGAUUUUGAAGGGUACCAUCCAUUUGAUGAAGUCAUGGAAUUCCCAUCUUGGUUGAAUGCAAAUGAAAACUGCUUGCAACAACAUUUCAAUGAUGACUGCGCAAAGGACUACUUACAAUAUCCUGCUUUGCCUUGCAUGGACAUUGGAGAAAUCGAAGGCAUGGACGGGGACUGGUUAUCAUGA